AUGUCUGCUGACUCGAAAGAGUCGCUUGCAAACGGCUUGAUGGCUUUAAGAUUCGAGAUAAAAGACAUGGGUGAACGUAUCCAAUACCUGAUUGCUCUCAGAAAGCGUAUGUCCCAUAAGCAGAAGAAGAUCGACGAAGCGGAGUAUGAGCAGGCACUAAACUCGCCAUCGAUGAUUGUUCUUUAUGAGUCGUACAAACACGCGGCCGACUUUACUGUCGACUGCAAGAACGCCUACGAACAGAGAAUGGCUCAGUAUAGCAACAGGUUCGCCCGCGCAACUGCAGAAGAUCAGAUGGAGAUAUAUGCUCUGCAAGAGCAAUGGAUCAGAGCUGCAGUCAACACUGCGGAGCAGCGAUUGCGCUAUCUAGAGCAGUUUCCAUGUGCCUACCAGAACAAACAGUCGAUCAGGGGCCACAUCACUGCAGCAGAAGGUUCAAUGAACGCGGCAAAGACUGCUCUGAAGGAUGUGGAGAUGAAUAAGAGGGUCUUGUUUGCGAAAAUGAGCAGGGAAGGCCCCUGGGUUUGA